CUAUAGGCACGGGUGUUCUAUUUUUUUAUAGCUAUCAAUUUAAGUAGCAUAGCGAAAUUUUGGGGUGUUCUUAGUAUAUCUGAGUAAUAUACAUAUUUGGUUUUAUAAUGCCAUAUCUAUAUGGCAUUGCGGAUACCAAGUUUCUGGUCAAGAAGAAAGGCAAAGCUAAGGCGGCCAGUACCAACAGUGUGCCACCCGUUAAAUUUCAUCGCAGUCAUGUUAUACCUGAACCACUAAAGUUCGAUCAUAAUGAAUGGCCAAUUCAGUUUCGGGUCAGUCCGGCAACACUCGUCGAACUGUGUGUUAAUGUUGUGGAUAAACUACCAUUACCUUCGAUAUUUGAAUGGAACGAUAUGGAUAUAAGGCGUUGGAUAAGUCGCUAUGGUUAUCCACAAUAUAUGAACACCUUUCGGGUUAAUAUGAUCUGGGGUCGGAAGCUGCUGUUACUGGACGCUGAUGCUUUGACAGCAAUGAAUAUCAAGGAUUUUGAUCACAUUAGGCAUAUUACUUAUGGCAUUCGAAUGUUGUUCCACUUUGAGUUGACGAAAUUCUCGCAUAGUAUUUCGUUGCCGGAUGAGAAACCCAAUGAAUUAUAUUUGCUGUGGCAUACACAAACUGGUGUCGGACAUGAUGCAGUGCGUCAAUCGGAUUUGUAUAGACGCAUGCAACUGAUACGAGAGCGUGCUCUGAAUUUGGUCCAUUGGGAUUUGCUCGAUUUGUGGCUGCGUCGGGAGCGUGAACGCAAAUAUGUGGAGGUGAUUGCACUCGUCUCACGAUUUAACAUGUUCAAGUGCCCCGAGGAGGAGACAGUAAAGGAUGUGAUACCAGAAAGUCUAUCUGAACGUCUGUGCAACAUAUGCAUACCACCCUGUGAGUGCUACUGGACAUCCAAGGAUUUGUCGCUGCCCUGGCGUCUCAGCUGCCUGACACCGGGUCUGGCCCCCUCCCACAGCCGCUGGAAGGCCAAUGAGCGCAAAUGUCCUAUUUGUAUACCGCCAUGCGAGUGCCGCUGGCCAUCCCGUUACUAUCUAACCGGUACAGUCAUCAAAUGCCUCAGCCGCAAUUUUCCGGAAAAGUUUUCACCCAUUUUCGAUGAGCGCAUCACGACCGUAGUGCGUCCUAGUUUGGUUGAACGUUGGACCCGUUUCUCAAUUUAGAUUGCCAUAUAUUUGAUUCCAGCUGAUAAUUUGGUAUUGUUUCAAAACGUUUACGACAAAAAAAGACCCCAAAUACAUAUUUUAUAAUUCGA